ACUCAUACAAAUCACCACGCCCCCCUCUUCAUUCUAUAGUAUCCGAUACGCUAUCACCUUCUUGUACCCCGAUUCUUACACCAUGAUGGCGUCAACUGUGAGAUCAGCAAGUCUGAGACUACCUCUUCGAUCCGUUUCAAGGGUCGCAUCGACUGCUCGAAUCCUCCCGGCCGUCAGAGCAAACUCUUCGACAUCAGCAGCCGUCCAUGGAAAUGAGAAUCAAGUUGCUCAAGAACAAGGAGGCGAAAUGGUGGAGCGCACAGUCUUGAACAGAGACAUGCACGGCGUCAAGAUGGAGCGUCUGGUUCAUGACAAAAUUCCUCAUGGCGUCGAUGCUUUCGUCGUCAUGCCUGGCUACUACGCCGAUAACGCUUUCAAUGCAUCCCGGAAAGCCGUUGAAGACCACGCUCGAGAAACCACUGAAUUGUGGAGAAGGCUCAGCUACUACGUCGCUCUCCCAGCAUGUCUCGUUACCGGUAUUUGGGUCUACCUUGGAGAGAAAGAACACGCCGACCACAGACAAGCCCUCAUUUCCAGUGAUGCAAACGGAGGUGAACCACCGGAGCGCAAGGUCUACUCUUACAUGAACAUCCGAACCAAGCCAUUCCCAUGGGGCAACCAAACUCUCUUCUUCAACCCCGACGUCAACAUCAAGGCCGAGGAGGCUUAGAGCAAUACAAAGGAUUCCAAUGGGUGACGGUUUUUUCUUCAGCCGCAUGCAGAAUUGUCUCGGAGACGAUGCUCGCUCUAGUGCUUCAUCUUGUGGAAGGGUACUGAACAGAUCUCAUACGU